UUCUCACCUACCCCCCACCAAACACCUUAGUUCCCAACGCCCACCCGCUUCCCUCUCCUCUCUCUUUCCCCUUCCUCCGCCCACAGGUGUGCUCUCUUUUUUAUUCCCUCCCUUGGUCAGGAAGCGGAGCAUAAGACCAGAACGGGCUAACAAGAGGGUAAGGAAGAGCAGAUAGAAGCAGGGAAGUGCCUGCUCCAAGGAAGGAGGGGAGGAGAAGGUGGGGAGCCAGGAGGUCAGAGAUGGGUAGUGAGUUGAAGGUCUUCACAUUGGGAGAGGUCUCAAAGCACAACAACCCCAAGGAUUGCUGGCUUGUCAUUAGCGGCAAGGUAUAUGAUGUAACCAAGUUCUUGGAGGAUCAUCCAGGUGGAGAUGAAGUUCUAUUAUCUGCCACUGGGAAGGAUGCCACAGAUGAUUUUGAGGAUGUUGGGCAUAGCACCAGUGCACGAGCAAUGAUGGAUGAGUACUUGGUUGGUGAGAUUGAUGCAUCAUCCUUCCCCACAAAACCGAAAUACAUGCCACCGAAGCAGCCUUACUAUAACCAAGACAAGACUUCUGAGUUCAUUAUCAAGAUUCUCCAGUUCCUUGUCCCGCUGGCAAUCUUGGGCCUUGCUGUUGCCAUUCGUUUUUAUACCAAAUCAAGCUAAACCAGCUAGAGUCAACGGUCUUCAUUUUGCAUCAUCUUAUAGUUUCUGUUUUUUCUAGCAUGUAGAAGCAGUCCAUGGUUGGUGUCUGGUACUUGAUGAUGCAUGUUUGCUCCUCUUCUUUUGAACUGGAUCAUAUGCCUUUGUCUGUUGGCUGAAAUUAUAAAGUUGUUUUCGUGGUUGCCUUUCAAUCAGAUUUUACAUUUGAAUUAUUUUUAGGAAAAUAGCACAGUUUACUUGCCGUUGAUGGGACCGAGGAUUUUACAGUGCACAGUGUAUGAGAAAUGGAUCCGGCUUGCCUUUUGUAUUAGUGCUUAUAUGUGGAAGAGAACAACUCUUUGUUUGUUGA